GCAGAGCCUACCUGUUGUCCUCAGGUGCCGUGCAGGAAGAGGGCGUGUUUCUAAUGACACGCUGGGGGAGUGCUGCUCAGCUCAGACCCAGCGCACGUGAAUAGCCAAUCAAACAGCGCAGGUGAGUCAGGCUCCUUGGUUGAUUGAUUUUAUUUUAGCAAACAUAGAGAGGUGCAGUUAACCAGGGCGACACGGACAGCCUCCAGCAUCCGUGUUCAGAUUCAGCGCUCGCCGACAUUAAUUCGUCAUCAAGGAUAAACAGCUCGCACACAGAGGAUUUCCACGGCUGUCGUAAAGCAUGAAGGCCCUAUGCGUUCUACCUUUGACAAUAGUCGUGUCUGUCGCUUUGGUGGGGGUCAUGAAAAUACGGAAAAAGGACCAGGACAAAGACGAGAGACUGAACAAGUUUCAGGAUGUCAAGCUGCGGGUGACCUACGAUGUGCUGGGAGAGUUUCAGAAUGAGAAGGUGGAACUGCAAAACCAGCAGGAGAACUCUCAAAAGGAGCAGACAGCACUGCAGGAAGAAGUGAACAUACUCCAGGCCAAAGCAGAUGGGGCGAAGUCUGAAGCACUAAUCUGCUUGGAUGGAAAGAAAUCGGUGAUGGAUGAGCUGGCAGUAGUAGAGACAGAAUUAAAAAAUACCAGAGCUGAACUCGAUAAGGAGAAGAUCUACUUGAAAACAGAAUUGGAAACACUGAAACAGCAACUAGAAAGACGGAGCGCAGUGUGUGGCUUUUUGAAAGAAGGAUCACAACCAGCAAGCCAGCUGUGUGGCCCUGAAGGGUAUGUAGAGGAACCAAAGGCCGAGGCCCCUAAACCAGAGGAACCAAAGGCCGAGGCCCCUAAACCAGAGGAACCAAAGGCAGAGGCCCCUAAACCGGAGGCACCAAAGGCAGAGGCCCCUCAACCGGAGGCACCAAAGGCAGAGGCCCCUCAACCGGAGGCACCAAAGGCAGAGGCCCCUAAACCGGAGGCACCAAAGGCAGAGGCCCCUCAACCGGAGGCACCAAAGGCAGAGGCCCCUAAACCAGAGGCGCCAAAGGCAGAGGCCCCUCAACCGGAGGCGCCAAAGGCAGAGGCCCCUCAACCGGAGGCGCCAAAGGCAGAGGCCCCUCAACCGGAGGCGCCGAAGGCAGAGGCCCCUCAACCGGAGGCACCGAAGGCAGAGGCCCCUAAGCCGGAGGCACCGAAGGCAGAGGCACCGAAGGCAGAGGCCCCUCAACCGGAGGCACCAAAGGCAGAGGCCCCUAAACUGGAGGCACCAAAGGCAGAGGCCCCUAAACCAUAGGAGCCAACGGCAGAGGCCCCUAAACAGGAGGCAACUAAAGCAGAUGCUCCUAAGAAGAGAUGAGGUAUUACAACAUGUAACUUUACAACCAGAUUCCAGCACAUUGCAUUACUGGGCCAGUACAUGUAGGAGCCUCAAGUAGGACUACUUUGGUCCCUAAUGGGGAUGUUUUUUAUGCAACAAAAUGAAGAUUUAAGUUGCAUUUCAACAUGGACAUAUGUUUGUUUGUUUGUUACAUCAACAGAUUGUGAGGUUGUCCACAAAGUACUCUAGUACUUUGUAUUAGUACUAAUAUAAAUAUUUUGUACUCUCAAGGUUCUCUCUCAUUUUUUGUAAAUGAAAGGCAAGAUGUCAUCGACCAAAUAGAGGAUUGAUUAUUGGUGUUCUUUGCUUCAUGUUGUCUGUCGCUUGAUUUCUUGCUCAGCAGCAACAGUGUUUUUCUGCCUUAAUUCAGUUUGGAUUUAUGACACAAAUAAAAUAAAUACACAGCUGUGAGCCAAUGUUGCUUAAAAAAGGGGAGUGAUAUGU